GCAAAAUCGGAAAGGAUGAGACUUUGGCGGCCGUUAAAGUAGCCGCAAAAACGCGCUGUAGAAAUGUAAAGAUACGAAAAAAUCAUCAAAACCUCCCAUGUCCGGUGCCCCUUCUCCACCUCCGCUGCGCCGCUCACAGAAAUUCUCCUAGCCGCGGCUUCAAUGGACUGCAACGGCAUUGUCUAUGAAACCCUAAGCCCUCUCUCCGCCACCGAACAGCCGCCCCCCGCUACCUCUGACGACUCCGAGCCUUAUUUUGUGUUCCGCAACCAAAUUUCUCUCUCGUCUCUCUCGUGUCCUUCCCCGGACUCCGCCGCCCCUGAUUACUUCUCCCUCGACGUCGCCGAAGAUGCCGCCGAACCGAAACAAGUCGCGUUAUCGACACCAUCAGUGACACCGACUACUCCGGCGGCAGGAGGCGGGGAACCGCAGAGGACGUUGGAGAGUGGCUGGUUUCAAGGCAUGAGUCGAUUUAAGAGCCCCAUGCUUCAGCUUCACAAAGAGAUAUUGGAUUUUUGUGACUUUCUCUCUCCAACCCCAGAAGAACAAGCCACAAGGCAAGCAGCAGUAGAAUGUGUUUUUGACGUUAUAAAAUAUAUUUGGCCCAACUGCCAGGUAGAAGUAUUUGGGUCAUUCAAGACAGGGAUUUAUCUUCCGACUAGUGAUAUUGAUGUUGUCAUUCUGGGAUCAAAUAUCAGAACUCCGCAAAUUGGUUUGGUGGCCCUUUCUAGGGCAUUAUCACAAAGAGGCAUUGCAAAAAAUAUGCAGGUUAUUGCAAAGGCCCGCGUACCAAUUAUUAAAUUUAUAGAAAAGAAAAGUGGUGUUGCUUUUGAUAUAAGUUUUGACGUAGAAAAUGGACCAAAAGCUGCUGAAUUUAUUCAGGAUGCGAUUUCAAGGUGGCCCCCAUUACGACCAUUGUGUUUGAUCCUGAAAAUUUUUCUACAGCAGAGAGAGUUGAAUGAGGUAUAUUCAGGUGGAAUUGGUUCCUAUGCUCUUUUAGCUAUGCUUAUGGCAAUGUUGCGGAGUCUCCAUGAGUGCCAAAAAUUUCCAGAGAAUAACUUGGGAGUCCUGUUGGUUAACUUUUUUGAUUUUUAUGGACGCAAAUUGAACACUUGUGAUGUGGGGGUCUCUUGCAACGGAGCAGAAAUAUUCUUCCUGAAGAGUAGCAAAGGAUUUUCAAAUACAGGACGGCCAUUUCUUAUUGCCAUUGAGGACCCGCAGGCACCGGAGAAUGACAUAGGAAAGAACUCCUUUAACUAUCAUCAGAUCAAAUCAGCUUUUGCAAUGGCUUACUUGACGCUGACAAAUGCGAAGACUAUCUUGGGUCUAGGCCCCCACAGGAGCAUCCUUGGCACCAUAAUAAGACCCGAUCCGGUCUUAGUAGAGCGAAAGGGUGGGUGUAGUGGGGAGAUGACUUUCAAUAACUUGCUUCCUGGAGCAGGGGAACCACUACGACCACAGCGCUGGGAUCAGCAGGAGAUUUUAUGCAAUUGGCAGCUAGAUGACGCAGAGGAAGAACCACUGCCACGCGGGAGCGGGAUUGCUGGGGAUCGUAGUGCCCAUACCUUUGGAAAGAAGAGGAAGGCUAAAGAGAGGCUUGGUAAGAAGGUGAGAGAAGAUUGGGAGGUGGGGAAGGGUUGGCAUGAAGAAAACGGUUCGAGGGGAGGGAAAGGUAUAAUGAAGAAGAGGCGUGGACGACAGGACCGAGAUGGAGACCGCGGGAGCGGUCAUGGACAUCAUGCUGGCAGGUCUACUUCAAGUGGCAGAUCUUAAUAUCUUUGGUAUUAGCCUGCCUAACUAUGAUAGUUCUGUGGAGAUCAGUGCGGGAAGCAAUGCCCAUCGUUUAAUAUCUUUGGUAUUAGCCUGCCUAACUAUGAUAGUUCUGUGGAGAUCAGUGCGGGAAGCAAUGCCCAUCGUUUAUCUCUGAGGGGAAAAAAAUAAAAAUACAAUGCCGAAAAUACAAUGCUGAUAGUACAAUUAUGGGCUGAUGACUCCUUCAGAAUGUAGUGGUUGAAAAGAUUGGGGUUAAGGCAGAAGUUCUCAAUGUGACAAUGUAUUAUUAGUGUGUAAUGCAAAGUUAGAUUUCAAGUUAUUGUUGUUGUUGUUGUUGUAAGUUUUAUUACUAUUUCCAUGCAUAACAAUAGUAGUGGUGGUCACAAAUAUUAUGUUAGCUUAUUUUAUGGUAUAGCAAUAUUUGUUCAAAUAAUAGAAAGCAAUGAAAAGUUUUGGAACCA